CACAAAAUGCGUCUCCUCUCCCUCCUGACGACGGCGUUAUUGCCAGUCGCCAUUCUCGCCGCCAAGAAAUCUCCCGAAGAGCGAUUCAAUGCCGCCCUCGCCAAAGGCCAACCGCAGAAGCUCACGGACAUCUCCUUCGACUCCAUCACCAAAGCUCCACGAGACUACUCGGUGGCAGUACUGCUGACCGCACUGGAUUCGCGGUUCGCUUGUCAACUAUGCAAUGAUUUUCAGCCCGAGUGGGAGCUGCUGGCCAAGUCGUGGUCGAAAGGGGACAAGAACAAGGAGUCCCGCUUGCUCUUUGGGACACUGGACUUUGGCGACGGAAAGGCGACCUUUCAAUCGCUCCAACUGCAAACCGCUCCCGUCCUCCUACUCUUCCACCCAACCACAGGCCCCCAUGCCAAACUCGACAAGCCAUUCGACCGCCUCGACUUCAACACUCCAGGAAUGUCCCGCGCCGACCCCAUCCACACCUGGCUCGCCCGUCACCUACCCGGCCGACCACACCCAGCGAUCGUCCGCCCACUAAACUAUGUCAAAAUCGCCGUCACCACCACCGCGGUCCUCGGUUCCCUCACCUUUCUCACCAUCGCGGCACCAUACAUCCUUCCACUCCUGCAAAACCGCAACUUGUGGGCCGCAGUCAGCUUGAUCGCCGUGCUGCUGUUCACCUCAGGACACAUGUACAACCACAUUCGAAAAGUGCCGUAUGUGCAAGGCAACGGCAAGGGAGGCGUGAGCUACUUUGCCGGAGGAUUCCAAAACCAGAUCGGAAUUGAGACGCAGAUUAUUGCGGCGCUUUACGGCGUUCUCUCCUUCGCGACCAUCAGCCUCGCGCUGAAGGUCCCUCGAAUCGCAGACCCCAAAUCGCAAAAGGUGGCCGUGGUAGUGUGGGCGGGUAUCAUCCUUUUCGUGUACUCUUUCCUGUUGAGCGUGUUCCGGAUCAAGAAUGGCGGUUAUCCAUUCUGGCUGCCUCCGUUUUGA